UCUUCUUAUUCUUCUUCUUCUAAAAGACUAAUAUGAACAUGCAUGCUCUGGAUUAAUGAUAUUAUAUGUUAAAGUGAAUUUGUGUUUGAUAAAUGUGUGACCAUUCAACUUUUUAUUUAUGUGUUUUAGAAUAGGAAGGCAGUGUGUGCGCUGUACAUGGACACCAUAAUCAACUUUAACCAAAGCGGAACCUUGGAGAAACCUCCACUUUGUUUCGAUUCUCUUAAUGGCUCUUGUCUGAAACUGAAUUAUCCUCUUGAAAUUCGUGUUGUGCUCUAUAUCUUCUUUAGUGCAUCAUCUCUUCUAACAGUGAUCGGAAACCUGCUGGUGAUCAUAACAGUUAUUCACUUCAAGCAGCUGCACACACCAACUAACUACCUCAUUGUCUCUCUGGCUGUAGCUGAUCUGCUUGUAGGAGGGGUGGUGAUGCCUCCCAGCAUGCUACGCUCUGUGGAGACUUGCUGGUACUUGGGAAGCAUAUUCUGUAAAAUACACAGCAGUCUUGAUGUCACGGUUUGCACUGCGUCUAUUCUUAACCUGUGUAUAAUUUCUUUAGAUCGAUAUUACGCUGUGUGUCACCCUCUUCUCUACCACAGUAAAAUGACUCCCAAUACCACUGUGUUUAUGAUCUUCGUUUGCUGGACCAUAUCUGUAUUAGUGGGAUUUGGGAUGAUAUUUCUGGAGCUCAAUAUUCUGGGCAAUGAGGACUUUUACUACAACAACUUUGUUUGUGAGGGUUCCUGUACAGUGUUUCAAGCCAAGGUGGGAGCUCUUGUGUUUUCAAUGCUUUGCUUUUACAUUCCAGCCCUAGUGAUGCUCAGUGUGUACGUGAAAAUACUGCACACUGCACGAAGACAGGCACGAGCAAUCCACAGUACCAACACUCAUAUUAAAAACACAGCAGAGGAAAAAGCCAACAUAAACAAGUCGGAAAGAAAGGCCACCAAAACGUUAGCCAUUAUCAUGGGUGUGUUUCUAUCAUUCUGGGUCCCAUUUUUCCUUUGUAAUUGCAUAGAUCCGUUCACCGGAUACUCAGUGCCACCACUUCUGUUCGACCUGUUCUUAUGGGUGGGGUAUUUCAAUUCAACAUGUAAUCCUAUAGUGUAUGCCUUUUUCUACAGCUGGUUCAGACAUGCUUUUAAAGUCAUUCUCUCUGGCGGAAUAUUCCAGACCAAUUCAUCACGGACCAAACUGUUUUAAAGUUAAACUCACUUCUGUAUCCCUGUGACUGUCCAUGUACUGUAACCAUACUAAAAAAAAGCACCUGUAAUAAUACCUAUAUUUAGCCAUAUAUCUUAUAUUAUGUGGACAAUCUAAGCUGGUUUGCAAUUUCAGACAAUCCUGAUUAGACAAUCAGGAUUUCAGUAAGAUGAUUAAGACUUUUUUGUGAAUCAUGCUUACAUUAAAUGAAAUCUGAAUAAAUCCCCUUAGCUUUAAA